CUUUCGAACAUGGCAGAUCCCACACCAGCAACCUCUAAACUUAAUACGGCUCCUUUGGAAACAGAUCUCGAUCUCGAUCGAUACUUUUCACAAGCAGAAAAACAACUCGAGAUUGAACGUGUACUUCAAUGCUUUAAACUCGACCCCUUUGCCAUCCUCGAAUUGCCUUACAAUCGUCCAGAGAUCAAAGCCAUCAAGGCAUCGUACCGCAAAAAGAGUUUGAUGAUUCAUCCUGACAAAGUGAAGCAUGAGCGUGCAGAGGAGGCAUUUGGAAUGCUGAAGAAAGCCGAGUCCGAAUUGAAUGACGAAACUCGGAUGAAGUUUUUGUUGACAGUAAUAGAAGAGGCUAAAGUUGAAGCUUUAAGAGCGAAUGGACACAAAUCUGCUACAGUGGUUGACGAUCAGAAUUAUCCAUUCCUACAGACACGCGAUGGACAGACGGCAGUUCGUGAGAAAGUUAAAGAAAUUUUGAUUGAAAUGGAGCUUCGUCGCCGGAGGAUGCUGAAGAAGGAGUUGGAAGCUGAAGGUGUGGUGGCACGAAAGGCCGAAGAGGCAGUGGUCGAUAGGAAGCGAAAAGCAGAGGAAGCUAAACAAUGGGAGGCCUCGCGUGACACGCGCGUGAACAGCUGGCGCGAUUUUCAGAAGAAGGGUGGCAAGAAGGUCAAGAAGGUCAAA